ACGUUCUGCUUGCUUGUCCUAUCACAAUGAGCCAAAGGCCGUUCUGCAAUUCAGAGAGAAGCAGUGUCCAGAUGCCUGAUGGGCAGAGAGAAGGAAGAGGGAAGAAGGGACAGGAGGACUAACGAGUUCUGGUGAACUCUUAAUUUUGCUUUUGCCACUUGGAAGCAAUCAGGAACGAACGCGGAGAUUGACAGUAGGACACACGCAGCCGCCCACCCCGCCGGAGGUGGAAGUGACGUCGCAAAGCGGCGGCGGAUGUGAUGGCGGUGGGUGAGGGCCUGGCCUGCUGUGUGCUUCGCUUCGGGGCUGAUGAAAGAAGAGGGUGAGUGGGAACCCAGCCCCGCGGGCUGCCGUGCUAGGAGGGGAUGCUGAGCCCUCCUGCUCCGUCAGCGUCUUCAUUCACAGAGCUUGUGCCUCCCUGAAGUUGAACAAAGCCACGUACUUCCCAGAGAUAUUCAUUCUAAAGGCUCUGAACAACACCAGCACCGAGAUAGCCGUGAGGAUGCCAACAGAAAACAACCACCUACCAGACAGUAUUCAAGAACAAGACUCCAUUACUACUGUAAGCAAUGUUUGCCCUCAUGAUACUGAGGAAUCAGGAACUGAACACGAAAAUGGCAUUUGUAACAGUGACGAGGGUAAUAGAUUUGAAGUUCACAACUAUGACAGCAAGCCAUCCACUUCUGUGGCAGUUCCUCUGGAGGUGCCCAAAAGAGGACAACCUCUUUUACAUAUCAACAGACAGCAGAUUCAGUCCGUUUCAUACAGUGCACAGGCUGCUGAGCUCAAAGGUUUAGGAGUUGAUGUGUAUGACCAGGAUGUAUUGGAGCAAGGAGUUCUCCAGCAAGUAGAUGAUGCAAUUAAUGAAGCUAACAAAGCAGCAAAAAUAGCUGAUGCUGAAAAAGAAUAUCAGUCAGUUUUGGAUGACUUAAGAUCAUGUACAACAUCUCUGAAACAAAUAGAUAAAAUUAUUGAGCAACUUUCACCUCAGGCUGCCAACAACAAAGAUAUAAGCAGAAAACUAGAUUCUGUAAAACGGCAAAAAUACAACAAGGAGCAACAGCUAAAGAAGAUCAAAGCAAAACAGAAACGUCUCCAAGCAGUUCUUGGUGGAACUGAGAUUCUUGAUAAAGUAAAUGAAAUUGAAUUUGAGGAUGAAGAACCUGGACCAUCAUCUCUUGGCAGUAUGCUUAUGCCCAUUCAGGAAACAGAGUGGGAAGAGCUUAUUCGUACAGGCCAGAUGACCCCAUUUGGAACUAAAAUACCUCAGAAGCCAGAGAGGAAGACACGGCGACUAAUGCUAAAUGAAGCAUCUGAUUUUGAAAAGUAUUUAGCAGAUCAAGCUAAGCUGUCAUCUGAGAGAAAGAAGUUAGCCCUUCGCAGAGGAGUGAAGAAGAAAGCACGAGCCAAAAAUGUUCAGUGCAUAGCUCCCACAUCUGCUACAAAGGAAAAGAGAGGUAAAGCUCUGUCAAAAACAGAUAAACGUUUAAAAAAACACUUGAAGAAACUUCAGAAGCAUGCCCUUCAGGUUCAUUCAAAAGCGGGUAUUCCAAAAGAGAAAAAAAAUCUUGAGACUAUGAAGCUGAAGCCUGGACAGGAAGAUGAUAGUGGAGAAUCUGAGUAUGUACCUGAUGAGGAACAUCUUGAUGCAGAAGCAGCUGAAGAUGUGGAAGAACAGGUGUCUUCACAUGCUGAAAACGAUUCUGAUUACGAACUCAGGAAUUUGUCAAGAAAGGGAAAAUACUCAGUGAAGCAGGAUUCUAAAGAUGCUGGAAGCGAUGCUGAUUAUUUUCCAAGCUCUGAGGAGGAAGAACAUACAGAAGGGAAGCACAAAGUAAAGAGAUGGAGAGAUGAUGGAGAUGAAGAUUAUUAUAAACAGAGACUAAGGAAGUGGCAAAGAGAACGUUUGAAGGACAAAGAACAUCCUGUUGCUGAGGAACUUUCUGAUGAAAGCGACACUGAAUUUGAAGAGGGUUUCAAAAUUCCGGGAUUUCUCUUCAAAAAGCUUUUUAAGUACCAGCAGACAGGUGUUAGGUGGCUCUGGGAAUUGCACUGCCAGCAGGCAGGAGGAAUUCUGGGAGAUGAGAUGGGAUUGGGCAAGACCAUCCAGAUAAUUGCCUUCUUGGCAGGUCUGAGCUACAGCAAGAUCAGGACUCGUGGUUCAAAUUACAGGUACCAAGGAUUGGGUCCAACAGUGAUCAUUUGUCCAGCUACUGUGAUGCAUCAGUGGGUAAAAGAAUUCCACACGUGGUGGCCUCCAUUUAGGGUUGCCAUUCUCCAUGAAACUGGUUCUUACACCAACAAAAAGGUGAAACUAAUUCGAGAAAUUGCUUCAUGCCAUGGAAUUUUAAUUACGUCUUAUUCAUACAUUCGACUGAUGCAAGAUAACAUCCACAGCUAUGACUGGCAUUAUGUGAUUUUGGAUGAGGGUCACAAAAUCCGAAAUCCAAAUGCCGCUGUCACACUUGCGUGCAAACAGUUCCGCACACCCCAUCGCAUCAUCUUGUCUGGUUCCCCUAUGCAAAAUAACUUGAAGGAGCUCUGGUCCCUCUUUGACUUUGUAUUCCCAGGGAAACUGGGAACACUACCUGUGUUUAUGGAGCAAUUUUCUGUUCCAAUAACCAUGGGAGGAUACUCCAAUGCCUCUCCUGUGCAGGUAAAAACUGCAUACAAAUGUGCUUGUGUGUUGCGGGACACCAUAAACCCUUACCUGCUGCGAAGAAUGAAGGCUGAUGUUAAAAUGAGCCUUUCACUUCCUGAUAAAAAUGAACAGGUCCUUUUUUGUCGUUUGACAGAUGAGCAGCGUCGAGUCUAUCAAAAUUUCAUUGACUCUAAAGAGGUCUACCAGAUUCUCAAUGGAGACAUGCAGGUUUUCUCAGGACUUGUAGCUUUGAGGAAGAUUUGUAACCACCCUGACCUCUUCUCUGGUGGUCCCAAGAUUUUGAAAUGUGUACCAGAUGCUGACUUGGAGGAAGCAGAUCAGUUUGGUUAUUGGAAACGUUCUGGAAAAAUGAUAGUGGUAGAGUCCUUGCUGAAAAUAUGGCACAAGCAAGGUCACAGAGUGUUGUUUUUCACUCAGUCAAGACAGAUGCUGCAGAUUCUUGAAGUCUUUGUUAGAGAAAGAAACUAUUCCUACCUCAGGAUGGAUGGUACUACAACAAUAGCAUCCAGACAACCACUUAUAACAAGAUACAAUGAGGACAAAUCCAUAUUUAUUUUUCUUCUGACAACUCGUGUUGGUGGUAUUGGAGUUAACUUGACUGGUGCUGACCGGGUUAUUAUUUAUGAUCCUGACUGGAAUCCCAGUACGGACACACAGGCUCGUGAGCGUGCUUGGAGAAUAGGUCAAAAGAAACAAGUGACUGUGUACAGACUUCUCACUGCAGGUACUAUUGAAGAGAAGAUAUACCACAGACAAAUCUUCAAGCAGUUUUUAACAAACAGAGUGCUGAAAGACCCUAAGCAAAGGCGCUUUUUCAAAUCCAAUGAUCUUUAUGAGCUAUUUACUCUGAGCAGCCCAGAUGUGUCUCAGGGGACAGAAACGAGUGCAAUUUUUGCAGGUACAGGUUCAGAUGUUCAAGUCCCCAAACAUCAACUGAAACGGAAACUUGAAAGGUCAGCUGAUGAUGACGCUUUGAAAGGUGGUCUCCAUCUAAAGAAAAGCAGCUCACCAAAGUACAGCAAGUCAUCUGGUUCCCACUUAACCAGCCACGUGGUAAAUUCUUCUAAAGCAACAGAGACCGGUGAGGAAGCCAAAGGAAAUUUGGAAACUUUUGACCAAAAGAGCUGUGCAAAAGAUAAUGCACAAACUGCUACUAAUAUGAAUUCAUUGAAUAAAAGCAAGCAAGAAAGCUUGGAAAGAGCUGAUAUAUCUCUGUCCCAACCAUUGCAUGGUGAUACAGAGUCUUCAGAGAACACCACGGUGACUAAGGAAGAACAUGAAGUGGCUAAUGAAAAUGUUGAGGGAGAUUUUGGCCUUCUUUGUGGUGCAGCUGACUCUCAGGAAAAGCAGGUUGAUAAAACAGGGGAUGUGCAAGUGGAUAAUAAUCAUUAUAAAUGUACCUCAAAAACAAAGCACAGAGUGGAUAUGCAAUCACAUGACAGCCAUAAAGAGAAGUCUAAGAAGAAGCAUCACAAAGAUGCCAAGUUUGAAGGGGAGCGUAUUCCUCACCUGGUGAAACAAAAGCGCUACAGGAAGGAGGACAGUGAAGAGAAGGAGUUAGACCCAAAGAAAAAUGAUGAUUAUGUCUUGGAGAAACUCUUCAAGAAAACAGGGGUGCACAGUGUAAUGAAGCACGAUGCCAUUAUGGAAGCUUCCAGUGCGGAUUAUGUGCUGGUAGAAGCAGAAGCAAACAGAGUGGCCCAGGAUGCACUAAGAGCCUUAAAAGUCUCUCGACAGCGAUGCUUAGGAGCUGCUUCUGGUGUGCCAACAUGGACGGGCAUGAGUGGUCUUUCAGGAGCACCAUCAAGAGUAAAGAGUCGGUUUGGUCAAAAAAGAAACCCUAUGCUGCUUUCUUCACAUUCCACUUGUGCAUCACCUGUCAAAAAGUGCAAGGAUGCAGAUACGAUGAAGAAAGAAAAUGUGAAGAAGAAUAGUUCCAAUGGGCACUUUGACGGAAAAUCAGAAACUGGAGAAUCAUCAUCUAGCGUAUUAGAUUCUUCAUCCUUAUUAGCUAAGAUGAGGGCGAGAAACCACCUUAUUUUACCACAAAGGACAGGGAAUGAGGGAGAUGAGAAUCUUAACCAAGCACCAGCUCCAGCCCCAGGCUCAACAGAAUAUGAUGAAUUGCUGGUGGAUGUGCGGAACUUUAUUGCGUUCCAGGCCCGUGUGGACGGUGAGGCUAGUACUCAGGAAAUACUGCAGGAGUUUGAGUCCAAACUGCCUGUGGCACAAACUUGUGUCUUUAGAGAACUCCUCCGCAAUCUCUGCAGCUUUCAUAGAAACCCAAAUGGUGAAGGUGUCUGGAGGCUGAAGCCAGAGUUCCGCUGACCUCUGUCACGAGAAGGCACUGGUUUGCACUUGGCCAACAGUCUGCUGUCAAAGACUUACUACUUAUCUUUUGACAUGAGGGAUUUGUGUUUGUGAUUUAAUAAAUGACUUGAACAGACGGUGAUGCAGCACUCAUUGCAGGCUUAGUGCUGGCUUCAUUUCCAAUUUAAACUAUUUGUAUGGGAGUGCUACCUACCUCAUAGGUGAAGCAAUACAAAGUAUCACCUUUUCUUCAAAAGAAAUGUUGGGAUGAAGAAUAUGUGCUGACUUUUUACUACAGUAAGAGCCAUGGAUGUUGCCGUGGGUGUUUAUUUGAUUUCUGUGAAAUUCCAAGAAUUUCUCUCAGUUUUCUGUAUGUUACUUAAGUGGUCACUGAGCACACAGUGUAACAUCAAAAAAAAGUUUGUGAUCGGCAUGAGAGAUUCACUUGCACUGAUGAGAGUAUUGAAAUCACUAAGAAGCUUUCAUUAGUAGUGAGAAUUUGCUUUUAAUGUUUCUGCUUUCAUUGUUGCUAGCAUCUAACAAAUGCAGUGUUACUUACAUUACUGCUUAACUUGGAAAAUAAUCUAUUUCCACAGAGGUUUAAUCACAAAAAUAAAAAGCCUGGCAGUUGAUAUUCAUGAAAAACUGAUUGGAUUAUGGAAAACUAAUUUACCCUAUAAUCACUGAUUCAGUUAUAGUCCAUGGGCAGUCCCACCAUGGGCAGUUGCUCAGUGUAGUACUUCUUACCAGUGAGAUAACAGUUACUGCUGUGUUUGUUACAGGCUGUGGACUGAUAAUUCAGAUCCCAUUACAUAUUUGUAGGUUUCACUCUUGGUGAUUUCUGUAUAGAAAAUUUUCCAGUUCCCUGUUAGCACAUAGUCUUUUACAAGGAUCAAGAUUGUCAGAGGAGGAAUGAUUUUACUGUAUUUUGCUGAAUAUAAUCAUGUGUUCACACAGUCAUAAUAUGGCCUAUAACUUCUGUUUGUGCUCCUGCCUAUUCCGUAGAUAGAUGGAUGGAGAAAAUCUCAGUCUUCCUGGCAGUCAGAUAAAUUCUAAUAACUGUUUUCUUCCAGGAAGGGAGAAUCUGAUUAUUUGUAGCAAACCCAAGUGCUGUGUUAGAGCUUUGGUGUGCUAAAUAAGGAGAUUUUGGGGUGAAGAAUGGAUGGGUUGUGAGAGAAAAAUGACAGUCUUGCACAUCUUCACAGCAACAAGUUACUCUUAAAGUAGGAAUAAUUAGAUGUACUUAAUAUCCUCACUGUCUCUAAGCUAUUGAGAAAAGGGAAAUCUGAGUUACUUGUUUUUCUUUAUUUUGGGUACAAACACUGGAAGGUGAAUGGUGAAGCAAGAAUGCAAACUGGGUUGCUUUAUGCUAAAGAAACGUAGUCUUUAAGGUAUUUUCUAUGGCUUUUCCUUCUGUUCUUAUUCUGUAUUAAAGGGUCUGCUGAUAUUUGCAAAAAAGUGGUGCUUUACUGUUUCAAUAACCAAUUAGCUUUUCACAGACUGGCACUGGAGAGGAUAGACUGUCAAAGAAUCUGCUUUUCUUCCUUAUGACAUUUGAAGGUAGGCCUGAUGCACCUUUUCCUGACACCCUUUUCUGGAGUUUAAACAAUACAAUCUUACUGUUCUCUUCAAAUCUUUAGAGUAUUUCAACUAGGUUUUGGUGUUGUCCACAACAUACAUCCCUAUCCAUGCCCCAUGAGCAAUCCAGGAAUUCAUCUGUCAGCAAAGCUGCUGUUGUCACCUUAGCUAUCAGUUCUGGUGUCCUGUUUUAUGUACUACUUUCAGUCUUAAAGACAUGUUUCCUGUACCAAGGAAUGUUUGGAGCUUCUUACUGAUGAUCUGUUGAUGUAAAUGGACCUGCAUGUGCUUUUAUAAAUCCUUGGCUUUUACAACUUAUUAAAAAAGUAGAAACAAAAA